AUGGACGAUUCGGGAAAUGAAUCGAGUCGAAAUGGCCGAUACGCGACGAGAACGACCGGGAAAACGGCGCCGGCGACCGAGGCCGGCCGUGGGACCGGCGCGGAGGACGGAGGCAGCAACGGCGGCGACGCGGCCGCGGCGCUCCAUCACGUCUCGCAGCUUCUAGGUGACUGCCGUGCAGAGUUCGCGGGGUUCAAGCAAAUGAUCCGUGGGCAGAGCGACGUUAUCCGCACCCAGCAAGAAACGAUCCAAGACUUGAAAGAGACGUCCCAGGAACAGCAACAACUCAUCCGGGUCCUGACGCUCGCGCUGGAGGACACAAAGCAGCAGAUGGGCGAGGAGCCCAAGGCACUGCACGACAAACUCGACGCCGUCGCUGCUCGGGCACCCGCUACCCCGUCGCGAUUGUUCGCCGCCGUAGUGCAGUCGCAACGGACGUCCCAGCCCACAACGGCUGCGCCCGACAGAGCGUUCAACACCUCUCCUGCCAGCGAGCUCUAUUGCACAAUCGACACGUCGCGAGUAGAGGAAGCGAAUCGAAACCAGGCCCAGGUCGGGGCCGUCCGACAGGCCAUAGAAUUGGAGAUGAGGGCCAGGGACGGCCUAGCAACGUGGCGGUGCGCGGCGGUCCUGAAGGACGCUCGGGCUGCGGAGCGCAUCAAGAUAAUCUGCAGAGACGAAAACGAAUUGAGCCAGGUCAGGGAGGCUGCGCAGAAGACAGCCGUCGUCGGCGCGCGAGUCAUGCGCGAUCAGCUCUUUCCAGUGAAGGGCGACAAUGCGAACAGGAGCAUGGUGCUGGACGCAGAAGGGACUGUGCUACCGGGAGCUGCCGAGGCGCUUGGCGCAGAAAACAGCGUCAAUAUUGCCAAGUUGUCUUGGCUGAGCAACAAAGUAUCGGGAAAAGCAUACGGAUCGAUGGUGGUCUACGUCACCAAGGAGAGCGACGCGAGGCGGCUCAUUGACGGCCAUUAUUUCGACCUGGCCGGCGAGUCGGCUACCACGAACGUGUUCGAGCGACGCUCCGGACCAGUGCAAUGCUACAACUGCCAGGCCAUCGGGCUUAAAUCAUUCCAAUGCAAGAAUGCACAAGCAUGCGGGAGGUGUGCAAUGUCAGGACACCAGCGUUAG